AUGGCUGCAAGUGGCAUCCCAUUAGAUGCCGGUACUUUAAUGUCAACUGUACUGGAAGGUAUUUUAUAUGGCUUUUCAAUUCUUCUAUUUAUGGCUACGAUCUGGUCUUUGACCUACAAACAACGCAUACAAGACAUCAAUCGCCCAAUUGCCACGGUGGUCGUCUUGCUGUGGAUGCUGAGCACUGCACACAUCAUCGUGAACAUUAUUCGUGUUGAAGACGCAUUUGUGAAAUAUCGCUACACGUACCCAGGUGGGCCGUCGGCAUUCCUCGCAGACGUUUCCCAGCAAACGUAUGUACUCAAGCAUGCGUUGUAUGUCUUACAAACUCUACUUGCUGAUGGGGUGGUGAUUUAUCGCUGCUAUAUUGUUUGGCAAUCCAUCUGGAUUAUCAUCGUGCCAAGCAUGCUGUGGUGCAGCGUCGCAGUGACUGGUAUUAUUGGGCUGUAUUGUGCGUCCCAAUCCGGGAGCGACUCUGGAGACAUCUACGCCCAAGUGCUUGCGAAAUGGGUCACAGCGUUCUUUUCCUUGACAAUUGCGACCAACUUGUUAAGUUCAGGAUUACUGAUAUAUCGCAUCUGGUUGAUUGAGAGGAACGCCUCUACAGUUCGCGUCACGAAUGGCACUAUGAUGCCACUCUUGCAUGUGCUUAUGGAUACUGCUGUUUUGUACUCUGUGGUGCUGUUCACGGCAUUGAUAUGUUUCGUCUGCUCGAGCAAUGGAGAGGUUGUCAUGUUGGACAUGAUCAUGCCGAUCGUAUCGAUCGCCUUCUACAUAGUGCUGAUUCGCAUUGCGAUCAGUAGAAAAACCCGCAGUUCCUCUAACAUUAAUAUACCCAGAAGGACAACUAGCGAGGCAGGACAGGACAGCCUGAGCUCGCAGCAACAUUCUAUGCAGCCUUUGCAGGUUCAUAUACCCAAAUUCAAUGUCGACACUCCAGGGUUCGGCAAAGGGAAUGAAGGCCAAAUAUCGCCAUACCCGGCAGAAUCUGUGUAA